UGAGCAAGCGAAGUAGCUGAGCCUGGAGAGAAUUUUCUCCAGUACCAAAAACGCUGUGGGGGGAACCCAAGGCGGGAGCGGGCUGAGGCGUCUACAGCCGGCCUGGGGACAGCGAUCGUUGCGGGUGGGAACAAAGAGCUCCAAGAAAAAGUGGGAGCAGGAGCGUGGAGGUGAGCGCAGGGAGCCCCACUAGCGGCUUUUGACGCUGCCUCGGAUCUCCGUUUCUUCUGGGGCAGGCGGAGGCAAGUGUCCCGUCAGCUCUAGGGGACGGCCACUGUCCCAUAAGACUGCUGGAGUCCUCAGCACCUCUGCAGGACUCCAGGGGAGGCUGUGGUCAUGGUGAAUGAAGAUCCCAACCAGCAGGAGCGCGAUGACACCCCUGCGCUGGAGUCACCACUCCGAGAGGACCGCAGCGUCUCCAUCCACCCCAGCGUCUCAGCCCACCCCAGCGUCUCCAUCCACCCCAGCGUCUCUGUCCACCCCAGCAGCUCAGCGCACCCCAGUGCCUUGGCCCAACCCAGCGACUUGACCCAACCCUGUGGUUCCAGCCCCGAAGACCUCAGCGUGAUCAAGGUGAGCAGGCGCCGGUGGGCUGUGGUCCUGGUGUUUAGCUGCUACUCCAUGUGCAACGCCUUUCAGUGGAUCCAGUACGGCUCCAUCAAUAACAUCUUCAUGAACUUCUACGGGGUCAGCGCCUUUGCCAUCGACUGGCUGUCCAUGUGCUACAUGCUGACCUACAUCCCUCUGCUCCUGCCCGUGGCCUGGCUGCUGGAGAAAUUCGGCCUGCGCACCAUCGCCCUCACCGGCUCGGCUCUCAACUGCCUGGGGGCCUGGGUGAAGUUGGGCAGCCUGCAGCCACACCUCUUCCCGGUCACGGUGGUGGGCCAGGUCAUCUGCUCCGUGGCCCAGGUCUUCAUCCUGGGCAUGCCCUCCCGCCUGGCUUCUGUCUGGUUCGGGGCUAAUGAGGUUUCAACAGCGUGCUCCGUGGCUGUCUUUGGCAAUCAGCUUGGAAUUGCGAUUGGGUUCUUGGUCCCUCCUGUUUUGGUACCGAACAUCAAAGACCGGGACAAGCUUGCCUACCACAUCAGCAUCAUGUUCUACAUAAUAGGUGGUGUGGCCACUCUCCUCUUCAUCCUUGUCAUCAUUGGUCUGAAUGCUGGUGCUUUUUAUGCCUUGUCCACUCUGCUGAAUCGUAUGGUGAUCUUGCACUACCCGGGUGAGGAGGUGAAUGCUGGAAGAAUCGGCCUGACCAUCGUCAUUGCAGGAAUGCUGGGGGCUGUGAUCUCAGGCAUCUGGCUGGAUAGGUCCAAAACCUACAAGGAGACAACCCUGGUGGUCUACAUCAUGACUCUGGUGGGCAUGGUGGUGUACACAUUGACCUUGAACCUGGGACACCUGUGGGUAGUGUUCAUCACUGCUGGCACAAUGGGCUUCUUUAUGACUGGCUAUCUCCCCCUGGGAUUCGAGUUUGCCGUGGAGCUCACGUACCCGGAAUCAGAAGGCAUGUCAUCUGGGCUCCUCAACGUUUCUGCACAGGUAUUUGGGAUCAUCUUCACCAUCUCCCAGGGCCAGAUUAUUGACAACUAUGGAACCAUGCCUGGGAACAUCUUCCUGUGCGUAUUCCUCACCCUUGGAGCAGCCCUCACUGCAUUCAUUAGGGCAGAUCUCCGGAGACAGAAAGCAAACAAAGAAAUUCCUGAGAAUAAAAUCCAGGAGGAGGAGGAGGAGGAAGGCAGCAAUACCAGCAAGGUGCCCACCACUGUAUCGGAGGAUCACCUCUGAGAGGGAAAGGUGGCAGUGACCCAGGGAACGUGAACACCCUGCCUCUUCCUCCAGCAUGGCUCUCACUGCCAGCACAAAGACCUUCACUGGAGAAGCUUUUGGAGGGAACCAGCUGGAAUAUCUGUGGCUUGAACAACGGUGCCUAUGCCUCCUGGAACCUACUCAAGAGCUUGGAUGAUUUAGUUGGGGAAAAUUGCACCUUUCACCAAAUGCAGCUUCAAUUCCUGCCUCCACCCCCUUUAAGGUUACAGGAGUUGGUGUUGGGAGAGGCUGGUGGAGAAAUUGGAGUCAAUCCUAGCUUGGUCCCUUGCCUUCCCCUUCACCUCCAUCCCUCAUGGAGAAUGACUGCAAAAUUUUCACAGGAAGAAAGCUUAUUCAGGAUAUUAACUUUUUCUAGUGCCUUCAGACCCUCCCACAAAGCCCAGCUGUAAGAAGCGCAAGCUGCCCUGCCUGGGGGUCAUUCCUGGGCCAUCCGUCUGACCACGUUCUGUGGGAGAGGAAGCUCCCUGAGAACAGCUCCACCAGGACUCCUGGGCCUAAAUUCUCCUGGCCUAAUGUUGGGGUCUGUCUCCAAUCCCUCUCUCCUAAGAGCUGAUCAAACCAAACAUCAAUAAACUUGCCGAAAACGUCACCGUGGCCGUGAAGGAGAAACUGAUUUGGGAGGGCUAACUACCUAGGUGUGAUGGUGCUGGGGCCCCCCUUCCCAGCAUGGUUGUGGAAGCCAAUAUUUGGACACUCUGGUAGCUUGAUUGGGAAUGGGAAGGUUCUUCUCUACAAAAGAAGUGCUUGCCCAGGAACUUGUGUGUGUCAUAGUCACCUCGGAUGCCUUUAUCUGGAUGCUGCAUUGGGAAACCCAGCCAUCAGCCCAAGGGCUUGUUUUAUCCUGAGGGGGGCAAUCCCAGCCAACUCACCCUAACCUUUACUGAAAACUAAUCUUGAUUCAUUCCACUCUGACAAUUCCAAAGGUGCUUCUGAGAGGUAAGAGGAAAGGGGUAGAAGGAAAGAUGCCCUUUGAAAUGGAAAUUGAGUCUACUUGAAUCAAGCUUAUCCCAACUCUGUUGGGGACAGUAUUUGCACACCCAGCCCCUCUUCCCAUCCCCUUCUAGCAAUAACCUUUAUCAGACACUCUAAAUUUAAAGGAAUUCCCUUUGAACUGACUCAAGCUGACUUCCUUUCCUGCUGUCUCACUCUAUUAAUGGGCUUUGAUAGUAUCUCUUGAAAAUAAGAGAAUUUUUGGUAAUUUCUCCUAUGCACUGAGCAGCUGUGAUCAUGACCACUGUGCCAUCUUGCUUUGGCCACUGCUCUGGCCUCAGCAGUACCGCGGUGCUUGGGCCACUGCCCCUGAGGGUAGCCAGGUGUGUGUGUGUGUGUGUGUGUGUGUGUGUGUGUGUGUGUGUGUACAGAUUUGAGCAAUGGAUGGGAGGAACAUACUGUAUGUAAUAAAAGAAGUUCACACUACUUUUGGUGGAAGGAGUGAGGGCUGGAAGAGAGAUGAAAAGAGGGUGUGUCUUACUUUUUGAUAAGGAGAUGGAUGUUUACUCUUCCACCCCUCAAAAUGUAUUAAUGUUUACUG